GGACGGAAAUGCGGAAUUUCCCACAGCGGCCCCCGGGAAAGUUCCCAUAGGAGAGGGAGUAGUACCGUAACAAGUAACAGUGCGUCUUCGGUGGGAUUUGCCCGCACCGAGGGUAUCACCAGACGAUACAAGACAAGACGAUGCCAGACAAAGACGAGACGAAAAGUGCCGUGCAGUAGUAGUAAGUAAUGGAAUAGCAUGGCCUUGUACAUACUCGUAUUGUAGCACCUUCAAGCCACGAGCAUGGAGAUAAAACGUGGCUAGCGUUAUAGACUGGUUAGACAUUUGUAUGAGGUAAAAGAGCAGCGAUGACGAUGCGUCGCCCUCGGCCAAUCACAAUCACACGCCGAGUUCUCAAGCCAAAACCCAAACCCAAACCUCCUGCUUCUUGGGCGUUGCUGGGCGCCUCCAAGCUUGGGCGCGCAUCCCCGUUCCGGGCCCCGUGUUUCCCACUAAGAUGCAUCCCACCAUCCCACUAUAUUUACUUACCUCCGUCCCUCCCUAUCUGUCCCUCGUCUCUCCUCCAUUCUCUCCUCCAUUCUCUCCAUCCGCAAUCCAUCUAUUGGAAUCAACAUCCGUUGCUUUUUCGAAUCCUAAAAAAUACCCCUUUGCUGCUACACAACCCUCGCAAUGUCUGGCCCAGUCGCGGAUCUUGGCCUCAUCGGCCUUGCUGUCAUGGGACAGAACCUGAUUCUCAACAUGGCUGACAAUGGCUUCACAAUCUGCGCUUACAACCGAACCGUCUCCAAGGUCGACUCCUUCUUGGCCAACGAGGCCAAGGGCAAGUCCGUUGUUG